CAAGCAUCAUUAAUUUCCGAUCUCUCAAUACGAUAUGGCCUUCUCUAAUUACAUUUUCCUUGUCAUCCUCUUUUCUUUCCUGUCGCUCCUUCCCUCAACGCAAUCUCAACUAUCCACCGAUUAUUAUAACAAAACAUGCCCUCAGUUUCAUAACAUAAUGCAAAGAAUCAUUGCUGAUAAGCAACUCAGUAGCCCCACAACCGCCGCUGCCAUCCUCCGUGUCUUUUUCCACGACUGUUUCGUGAAUGGCUGUGACUCCUCCAUUCUCAUUGCCUCCAACGCCUUCAACAAAUCGGAGCUAGACGCAGACUCUAACCUGUCCCUCGCUGGAGAUGCCUUCGAUCUGAUCACUCGUGUCAAGACUGCUCUCGAGCUUGAAUGCCCUGGCAUUUUUUCCUGCUCUGACAUUCUCGCCGUUUCCACUAGAGACCUUGUUGUCAUGGUAGGGGGUCCUUUCUAUGAAGUCCUUCUGGGGAGAAAAGACAGCAAGGUAUCUGAUCCCUCUAUAGUCGAAAGUAACCUUCCGAAAUCUACAACACCAGUGAGUAAGUUGCUUUCUCUCUUCUUUACCAAAGGGUUUUCAGCGGAAGAAAUGGUUGCUCUUGUCGGUGCACAUACCAUUGGUUUCUCCCAUUGUAAAGAGUUUGCCAGUCGAAUAUUCAACUUCAGCAAGACCUCUGAGUAUGACCCUGCGUAUAAUCCUGUAUUCGCACUAGGGUUAAGGAAACUCUGCGCUAAUUAUACCAUAGCUCCAGAAAUGUCAGCUUUCAAUGAUGUGUUCACUCCAGGAAAGUUUGAUAACUUGUAUUACAAGAAUUUGCAAAGAGGAUUGGGGUUGUUAUCAUCUGAUCAGGCUAUGGUCACGGACAACAGAACCAAGCCAUUUGUGGAUCUGUUUGCUGCAAACCAGACAGCAUUUUUUGAUUUGUUUGCUCGUUCGAUGGAGAAGUUGAGCGUUUAUAAAAUCAAGACAGACAAGGAUGGGGAAGUAAGGCGCCGAUGCGAUCAAUUUAACACCUUUCAGACUUGA